GUUUCGUAUUCGCCCCGAAAAUUCUAAAGCAAUUUGAAUUUAAUCAACUUUAUACCUAAUUACCUACGCUUUAUCUCUGUUUGAUCAGCAAAAAUGGCUUCGAAGCGACCGCGUUCGACGGAAAGCGACGAACAAGUAGUACAGCAAUGUGCCCCUAUGAUCAGAAGAGCUGAAAGCUCGUCGGUGAAGUUCAAUAAUUAUAAUCAUAAUCCGCUGGUGGUCGUCUUUGCUCAUGGAGCUGGUGCUCCUUCAACUUCCGAGUGGAUGACUAGAUGGAGGACCUUGUUGGCCAAUGCUUUAAAUCCUGUCGAAGUUGUAACUUUUGACUACCCAUACAUUUCUGGUAGAAGAAAGGCUGCACCAGAUGCAGAAAAACUUGUUGGGUUUCAUUUGGAAUUUGUGAGAAAGGUUGCUGCCAAAUACCCAGAGCACCCUUUGAUCUUAAUAGGAAAAUCCUUGGGUUCAAGAGUCAGUUGUAUGGUAGCUGCAGAGAAUGAUAUCGGGGCAUUAGCUGUAGUUUGCUUGGGAUACCCACUAAAGGCCAAAAAUGGAGCCAUUCGAGACGAAACCCUCAUGAAACUUACAACUCCUAUCAUGUUUGUACAGGGAAGUAAUGAUAAUUUCUGUCCACUGAAACUUUUGGAAGUAGUGAGGCAGAAGCUGAAAUCUUUAAAUGAUUUGCAUGUGAUUGAACAUGGUGACCACUCAUUCCAAAUUGCAAAAAAGAAUCUUGAGUUAACUGGAAUGACUCAUGAAGAAGCUGAACAACGUGCUGCUGAAUCCAUUGCAAUGUUUGUUUCACGAAUCAAGAAUGAAAAUAACACGUGUGAACUAGAAGUUGAUGCAAUUCAAUUUGGUCAAGAAAGCAAAAGUGUUGAAGAAGAAGAAUGCCAAAAUGUUGAAACCAGUAUUAUAAUGAAUAGGGCGGAAUUUAGGAAGAAGUCAGAGAUGAUACUGAAAAAGAGACACAAGUCCGAAAGGAUACUAAGAUUGAAGCUUAGUAAACGAAUAUAUGAUAAAAAUGGGAGAGGGUCAACAAUUGAGUAUCAUCUUUUUGUAUCAUAUGGAUACACGUUGUAGAUUCAUACAACAUUCAUAUAGAUUUAGAGGCUUUUGGUAGGUGCAUUGAUUUAUGGCGUUUGGUUUAUGGUAGUCUAGCUUUUUCUAUAAUAUUGGUCAUGCCAUCGGUACAUUUUAGCCCGAUAUUGGUCAUGUCGUCAAAGUUAACACUUAGAAUUGAGAGAAAAUCAUAAGAUUCGCAAAAAGUGAUACACAUUUAACAAAAUGUCCAUUUUUUUGGGGUUAGUAGCUAAAAUCGACCUACUAUUUUGGUGGCAAGAAAGUUAUGUUUAGAAAAUAAUGGCAUAUGUUUAGAAAAUAUUUUCAAGAUAAUCGACAACAGUGAUGUUAAACACUUGAUUAAUG